AGAGUUCAGGUCCGGGGUGUUUCGGCGAUAGCGAGGCAGCGAAUCGGGAAAGGGUGAAGAGAGCCGUGUUUUAUAUUUGUGUUUUGUCUUAUUUCGCGUUUUAAUUUUCCGAUUGUUUUAUUUAUUAGUUUUUCACCCCAGUGGUUCGUUCUUCACCACGGAUCAAAGAUGCAGGAGUUGAUCGCCACGGUAGAUCAUAUUAAAUUUGAUCUGGAGAUUGCCGUUGAGCAGCAGCUGGGAGCUCAACCUCUGCCUUUCCCGGGCAUGGACAAGUCCGGUGCCGCUGUGUGCGAGUUCUUCCUGAAAGCUGCCUGUUUAAAAGGUGGGAUGUGCCCUUUCCGGCACAUCAGCGGAGAGAAGACGGUGGUCUGCAAACACUGGCUGAGAGGGCUCUGCAAGAAGGGGGACCAGUGCGAGUUCCUGCACGAGUAUGACAUGACUAAGAUGCCCGAGUGCUAUUUCUACUCCAAAUUCGGAGAGUGCAGUAAUAAGGAAUGCCCAUUCCUGCACAUUGACCCUGAAUCAAAGAUUAAAGACUGCCCCUGGUAUGACCGAGGAUUCUGCAAGCACGGUCCCCAAUGUAGACACAGACACACUCGGAGAGUCAUCUGUGUCAACUACUUGGUUGGCUUCUGUCCAGACGGACCCAACUGUAAAUUCAUGCAUCCCCGUUUUGAGUUACCUAUGGGAACUUCAGACCAGCCACCAUUACCACAGCAACAACAGACACAGCAAAAGCAAAACAUUCAACCCAUGAAUCAGAGGUCUUCAUCGUUGAUCCAGUUAACCAACACCAGUUCAAACUCCAACCACCAGAGGGCGCCACAGGUUAUUGGGGUGAUGCAGUCCCACAAUAACGCAACUGGCAACAGGGGGCCGCGGCCUCUAGAUCAAGUCACAUGUUACAAGUGCGGCGAGAAAGGCCACUACGCUAACAGAUGUACGAAAGGGCACCUGGCGUUCCUGAGUGGACAGUAGUUCUCCUCGUCACUUGCACACAGACGGCAAGCUCACAGGGAAGCUGGAGUGGUUCUUUCACCCACAUAAAUAGCAGUUUAGGACGAGUGCCAGGGGCUCUGUGACACUCUUGUUCAUUUAAGUGGCAAGGCACAGACUGAGGAACUCCAUUUGACUUGUCAUAUUCACUGUGUCCUUUUUAAUGGAGAUAGCUGAUGUACAGCCUUCCACCAAGAGCUGCAUUUUGAAAUUGUUCUGUCAAUGUUGCAGUAGACCUGAAGCUUAGUGCUGGCUUCCCUUUUCUCAUGUGGAAUGAGGGGAAUAAUUAAGAUAACUGUGUGACCACUUAAGUUCAUGUAUUUGGAUUUUCAAUGAAAAUGUACCUCUGUCCCCAAGGCAUAAAACUUGCAGUAAGCAAGGCACUCCGGAACUUCAUUAAAACAACUCUCAAUUGUGUAAAAGAUAUAUGAACACAAAAUGAGCCCAACAUUCUCUGUUAUUUUCCUUCGACGGGAUGAAGUUGUAAUUAUUAAUUCUACUGCAUGUGGCAUAUUGAGGCAUAUGACAGGGUGGUAAAGGCAGGUGUAACAGAAGUAUGUAUUUUUUUAUGUACAGGUAAAGACAGAAGCCGCCCAAAAACACCUAGUCAUUUUGAUUUAUGUCGGAGUUUUUGUAUUUUUUUAUAGUAGGAUGUUAAAAAUACUUUGUUAAAUAAUUAUGAGAAAAACUGCUUUGUGCAAUUUUUUUUUUGUUCUUUUAAUUUAACCCACAAACUCCAAUGGGUUCAGACAGGAUGAAUUACCUCCACUGAAUGAAGAUCCCGGAAUGCUGCUGGUUGCUGUGCACGCCAGCUCUAUAGGACCAGCCCUAGGGCAAAUUUACAAGGAUAUGCUAUAUCAUUUUUUUUCCCUUCAUGCUGCAUUACAGUACUUGAAGGCAAAGCUCUUUUGGAAAAUCAUAGUCUUUAAGUAAUCUCACUUAAUUUCUUUGCAUUUUUUUUUGUUAGAAAUUGCUUAUCCGGUUAAAUUAAGGGGGCAUAAUGUGUAAACCCAGAGUGCACUUGAGCCAAAAUGCUGUGGUUAACACCUGUAGUACUAAAAUAGGCUAUGCAAUCUUUAAUAACCAAGUAGACAGAAAUUCAGUUUAACAUCUCAUCUGAACAACAGCACCUCCUACUGUACAACACUGCCAUAUUAACACGUUUAGAAAUGCCCAGAAGGAAGUGUGCCACCUUCUGGCACACAAGUUUUCCUUGGGAUAAAGAUUGGGUUAACAUAUCAGGAACUUAAAUUCUCCAUCCAUUUUCUGACCACUUUAUCCAGUACAGGGUUGCAGGGGAUCCAGAGCCUAUCCCGGCAAGCACUGUGUGCAAAGCAGGACACUCCCUGCAUGGGACAUCAGUCGAUCACAGGGACUGGAACUAAUCUAGUGUUAUUUUUUAACCCCUUGCACACUUCUGCCUUUUAAAGUUCAGUUCAUUUUUUUCUCAACACUUUUUCUUCAAAUUAAAGAAUGGAAAAACACCCAAAUAGAUUGAGAUUUUUCCUUCCUGCUAAACAUCAAGCAUGUACCACUCAACUCAAUGAACAUUAGCCAUUUUUAAGUCACCAUGUGGAAAGUUAAAAUCAUUGCACUUUCCUCUGUAACAUUAAUAUUUUCUUUUGUCUGGUGCUGCUUACUACAGUUGAUUCAGCAGGGCUGUACUUAUCCUGAUGGAUAUACCCGUAAGUGUCACUGAGUUAGUCAAUUGUUCUUAAAUGGUUUUUGGGAUGUUUUGUAAUAAAGAUAAGUGUCAGAA